ACAAAAUCUUAUUAGUAAAAAAGAAAAUUAUUCAAACAAAAUCCCCCUCUUGAUCACCUCUUGUUUAUUAAUAAUAAUACUAAUAAUUAAUAAUAAGGGAUAAUCCCAUUUCAUUGAAGAACACCUCCUAAAAAAUCAUGAGAGAAAUCCUUCAUAUUCAAGCAGGACAAUGUGGUAACCAAAUUGGUGCACAAUUUUGGGAGGUUGUUUGCAAUGAACAUGGCAUUGAUUUUAGCGGGAAGUACGUCGGAGAUUCGCCGUUACAACUCGAACGAUCCGAUGUUUACUACAAUGAGGUGAGUGGUGGGCGGUAUGUGCCGAGAGCAGUGAUGAUAGACCUUGAGCCAGGCACCAUGGAUUCCCUUAAAGCUAGUCCUUAUGGUAACAUUUUUAGGCCUGAUAACUUUGUGUUUGCACAAAAUGGUGCUGGUAAUAAUUGGGCUAAAGGACAUUAUACUGAAGGUGCUGAAUUGAUUGAUUCUGUUCUUGAUGUUGUUCGUAAAGAGGCUGAGAAUUCUGAUUCCUUGCAAGGUUUUCAAAUAUGCCAUUCUCUAGGAGGAGGAACAGGAUCAGGAAUGGGGACCUUGCUAUUAUCAAAGAUUAAGGAGGAGUAUCCUGAUCGUAUGAUGAUGACCUUCUCUGUGUUUCCGUCUCCAAAGGUGUCUGACACGGUGGUGGAGCCUUACAACGCCACUCUAUCCGUCCACCAGCUGGUGGAGAAUGCUGAUGAGUGCAUGGUGCUUGACAAUGAAGCCCUUUAUGACAUCUGCUUACGCACACUCAAGCUCAGCAACCCGCGCUUUGGUGAUCUAAACCACCUGAUCUCGGGAACAAUGAGUGGUAUAACAUGCUGUCUUCGUUUCCCUGGACAACUUAACUCCGAUCUCAGAAAGUUGGCAGUGAACUUGAUUCCCUUCCCUCGACUUCACUUCUUCAUGGUUGGGUUUGCUCCCUUGACCUCCCUCGGUUCUCAGCAGUACCGAUCCUUGUCCAUCCCUGAACUCACCCAACAAAUGUGGGAUGCGAAGAACAUGAUGUGUGCAGCAGACCCUCGUCAUGGAAGGUACCUUACAGCAUCAGCAAUGUUUCGAGGAAAAAUGAGCACAAAAGAAGUAGACCAACAAAUGACUAAUGUUCAGAACAAAAAUACAUCUUAUUUUGUAGAGUGGAUCCCCAACAAUGUUAAGUCUAGCGUGUGCGACAUCCCACCAACCGGACUUUCUAUGUCCUCGACUUUUAUUGGAAACUCGACUUCCAUUCAAGAGAUGUUCCGAAGGGUAUCAGAGCAGUUUACGGUCAUGUUUAGGAGGAAGGCUUUCUUGCAUUGGUACACCGGUGAGGGUAUGGACGAGAUGGAAUUCACCGAAGCUGAGAGUAAUAUGAAUGAUUUGGUGUCCGAGUAUCAGCAGUAUCAGGAAGCCGGUGUGGAACUUGAGGAGGAGUACGAGAAUGAAGACGCUUAAUUAUAAACUAAUUAAGGAGGAGAAUAAGAGUUUAUUCUUUUUCAAGUGAUGCAUUUACUAGCAAGAGGGAAGAGGGGAGAUUCUUAUUUUUGUACAAGGAAUUGAACUUGUUUAAUUUACUUGCGCUUUUAUUUUUAUGUAAUUAAUUAAUAAUUACAUUAUUACUAAAUAUAGCAAGUUUGACUGAGACAAUUUAUGCUAA